AUACAAAAAGUCUUAGAAAUUAAUGAUUAAUUAGUUAUUUUAAACAUGUAGUAAAAUAACAAUAAAAUAAUUGAACUUGAUUCAUUAUUCAUACUUUUUCAUCUAGUUUCAUGAACUAGAUUCAAUGAAAUUUUGGAGUCCGGAUACAAGAGUGUGAGUAAGAGAGAGAGAGAGAGAAAGAGAGAGAGAGAUGAGGGAAGUGUAAGAAACUGAGAUGUUACAUUGUCUGACCUAAAGCUUUAAUCUUUCUGUUUUGUUGCAAAGAUUUCGUAUCUCAGCUCAGCUCAAUAGAUUCUACUUUAGCUAGAUCUAUCCAUUUUGCUUAGAUAAAGGGUGGAUUUUGAUCUAGUUUAGGGGUUUUGAUCAUCCGAGAUUAACUCUCAAGUUAUAAGAGGCUUAUGCUCGCAGUGGUUAGAUGGAUAUUGUUUAGAGAAGAGAUAUUAAUAUAGUUAUUCUUGGGAUCCUCCUGCAGAAUGUCAUUCCGCAGCAUAGUUCGUGACGUUCGUGAUAGUUUUGGGAGCUUAUCUAGGCGUAGUUUUGAUGUCAAACUUACUGGCCAGCAUCAUAGAGGAAAAUCACAUGGAUCGGUGCAGGAUUUGCAUGACCAACCUCUAGUAAUUCAAAAUAGUUGCUGGGCGAACUUACCCCCAGAGUUACUAUUUGAUGUCAUUCGACGGCUAGAGGAGAGUGAGAAUACAUGGCCUUCACGAAAGCAUGUAGUUGCAUGUGCUUCUGUUUGCCAAUCUUGGAGGAAUAUGUGCAAGGACAUUGUUAAGAGCCCUGAGUUCUGCGGCAAACUUACGUUUCCUGUGUCCCUGAAGCAGCCUGGGCCACGAGAUGGAAUCAUUCAAUGCUUUAUCAAACGAGAUAAAUCUAACUUAACAUAUCACCUAUUCCUUUGUUUGAGCCCUGCUUUGUUGGUUGAAAAUGGAAAAUUCCUUCUUUCUGCUAAGAGGACACGGAGAACAACAUACACUGAGUAUGUUAUUUCCAUGGAUGCUGACAACAUCUCAAGAUCAAGUAAUACUUACAUCGGAAAGCUGAGAUCAAACUUUCUUGGAACAAAAUUCAUUAUAUAUGAUACACAGCCUCCCUACACUACUGCUCAUAUAUGCCCUCCGGGGACUGGGAAGACGAGCCGCAGAUUUUCUAAAAAGGUAUCACCUAAGGUCCCAUCCGGGAGUUACAACAUAGCUCAGGUAACAUAUGAACUAAAUGUGCUCGGUACUCGAGGCCCAAGGAAGAUGCACUGCAUUAUGCAUUCAAUACCAAAUUCAGCACUUGAUGCGGGCGGCUCCGUUCCCGGACAGCCAGAACUUAUUCCCCGUUCCCUGGAGGACUCAUUCAGGAGCAUCUCGUUUUCAAAGUCUCUAGAUCAUUCCAUUGAGUUCAGCAGCUCGCGGUUUUCUGAUAUCGGGGGAUCCUAUAAUGAGGAAGAUGACGGCAAGAUGAGACCUUUGGUUCUGAAAAACAAGCCUCCAAGAUGGCAUGAACAAUUACAGUGCUGGUGCCUCAACUUCCGGGGACGAGUAACUGUUGCAUCUGUUAAGAACUUUCAGUUGAUUGCGUCCACCCAACCACCUGCUGGCGCGCCGACACCAUCUCAACCAGCUCCACCGGAACAUGAUAAGAUAAUUCUGCAAUUUGGCAAAGUUGGGAAAGAUAUGUUCACCAUGGAUUAUCGGUACCCUUUAUCUGCAUUCCAAGCUUUUGCGAUAUGCUUGAGCAGCUUCGACACCAAGUUGGCUUGUGAAUAGGUUUAAUCAUGAAGCAGAUAUUAGUCUUUAAAGUGAACUAAUCAAACUUUUGUGAUGGUAAAAUUCUCUUUGUUUUUAUCUCUUUGUCCUAUUCUUACUACUAGUGUUUAUGGGAUUAGGCCAUUGUUAUUGCUCAGAUAUUAUAUGACUAAAUUGUAACCGGUGUAAUAGGGUUUAAAGCAUUUUUAACUUAAA